UCUAUUUCCAUCAACAAAUCAAACAAGUCCGUGUAUUCCGUGUAUUCCGUGUCUUCUGUGUCCAUUUUAUUUGGAGAAGAAAGAAGUUUGUGUCUUCUAAACACAGAUAAACGCCCUAGAAAAAACCAGAGAAGAGUAAAAAAUGGGCAAGGGAGGCCAAUCCUGCAAUGGCAUGGUUAGAGAUGUCAAACCUGUGGAGAAGGAAAACAUGGCUGCUUGGCUCGUUGAUGUUAACACCAUCAAGAUCCUACCUUUCAAGCUCCCCACUAUUGGACCGAAUGAUGUUCAAAUUCGAAUUAAGGCUGUCGGCAUUUGCGGAAGUGAUGUUCACUACCUCAAGACCAUGAAAUGUGCGGAUUUUGAGGUUAAAGAGCCGAUGGUGAUCGGACAUGAGUGUGCUGGGAUCGUAGACAAAGUUGGGAGCGAGGUGAAGCAUCUGGUGCCCGGUGACCGAGUGGCGGUUGAGCCCGGCAUCAGCUGCGCACAUUGCCAGCAGUGCAAAGGAGGCCGCUACAAUCUCUGUCCCGACAUGAAGUUUUUCGCCACCCCACCGGUUCACGGUGCCUUGGCUAAUCAGAUUGUGCACCCUGCAGAUCUGUGCUUUAAGUUGCCGGAAAAUGUGAGCUUGGAGGAAGGGGCAAUGUGUGAACCCUUGAGUGUUGGGGUUCACGCUUGUCGGCGAGCCAAUGUUGGUCCUGAAACAACUGUUCUGAUCAUCGGCGCAGGGCCUAUUGGUCUGGUCUCAGUUUUGGCCGCUCGUGCUUUCGGGGCACCAAGAAUUGUUAUAGUGGAUAUGGAUGACAAGCGUCUAGCGAUGGCAAAGUCUCUCGGGGCUGAUGACACCGUCAAAGUUUCAACAAAAAUGGACGAUUUAGAUGAUGAAGUUGCCGAAAUUAAAAAAGCCAUGAUCUCCGAAGUGGAUGUGACCUUCGAUUGUGUGGGUUUCAACAAAACCAUGGCGACCGGCCUCAAUGCUACUCGUCCUGGCGGAAAAGUCUGCCUUGUCGGAAUGGGACACGGCCUGAUGACAGUGCCUCUCACCCCUGCUGCUGCUAGGGAGGUCGACGUUGUUGGAGUUUUCAGAUACAAGAACACAUGGCCGCUUUGCCUCGAGUUUUUGAGGAGUGGGAAGAUCGACGUGAAACCGCUUAUCACGCACCGUUUUGGAUUCACGGAGAAGGAGGUGGAAGAAGCGUUUGCAACCAGUGCUCGUGGGGGUAAUGCCAUCAAAGUAAUGUUCAAAUUGUAAAGACAGUGACAAGUUUUGUUUAUCAAAUUCUUAGUAGAAUGUAGAGGGUGGGUGAGGGUGGGUGGCGGUGGGGCUCGCGAUGGGGGUGGGGGUGGGGAGAUAUUAUUUACGUCAUCACAAUAAGCACGUUCCAUUCCAUUGUAUGGUUUUUUAAGUAAUGACAGUAUUACUUUUCGUGGGCUUCUC